CCCUUUUAGGGACACACCAAAGCUAGAUAACCCAAGAUAAUCAUAGCAAGAUACAGCCAGUCUUAGAGCUAAGUACUGUGAAGUUAGCUUUGCUUCCUUGAGUUUUUGAAGCAUGCAUCUGUAUAAACCUGCUUGUGCAGACAUCCCCAGCCCCAAGCUGGGUCUGCCCAAAUCCAGCGAAUCGGCUCUGAAAUGUAGACGGCACCUAGCAGUAACAAAGCCUCCGCCUCAGGCAGCCUGUUGGCCUGUUAGGCCCAGUGGAGCAGCGGAACGGAAAUAUCUGGAGAAGUUUUUACGUGUCCAUGGAAUUUCGUUGCAGGAAACCACCAGGGCAGAGACGGGCAUGGCUUACAGGAAUCUUGGAAAAUCAGGACUCAGAGUUUCUUGCUUGGGUCUUGGAACAUGGGUGACAUUUGGAGGUCAAAUUUCAGAUGAGGUUGCUGAACGGCUGAUGACAAUUGCCUAUGAGAGUGGAGUGAAUCUCUUUGAUACGGCUGAGGUCUACGCUGCUGGAAAGGCAGAAGUGAUUCUGGGGAGCAUUAUCAAGAAGAAAGGCUGGAGGAGGUCCAGCCUGGUCAUAACAACCAAACUCUACUGGGGUGGAAAAGCUGAGACGGAAAGAGGCUUGUCAAGAAAACAUAUUAUUGAAGGACUGAAGGGCUCCCUCCAGAGGCUGCAGCUCGAGUAUGUGGAUGUAGUCUUCGCAAAUCGACCAGACAGUAACACCCCCAUGGAAGAAAUCGUUCGAGCCAUGACACAUGUGAUAAACCAAGGGAUGGCAAUGUACUGGGGAACCUCCCGCUGGAGCGCCAUGGAGAUCAUGGAAGCCUACUCCGUAGCAAGACAAUUCAACAUGAUCCCACCAGUCUGUGAACAAGCUGAGUACCAUCUUUUCCAGAGAGAGAAAGUGGAGGUUCAGCUACCAGAGCUCUACCAUAAAAUAGGCGUCGGAGCGAUGACAUGGUCUCCACUGGCCUGUGGCAUCAUCUCAGGAAAAUAUGGAAAUGGGGUGCCUGAAAGUUCCAGGGCUUCACUGAAGUGCUACCAGUGGUUGAAGGAAAGGAUUGUGAGUGAAGAAGGGAGAAAACAGCAGAACAAGCUGAAAGACCUUUCCCCGAUUGCGGAGCGUCUGGGAUGCACGCUACCUCAGCUAGCCGUGGCGUGGUGCCUGAGAAACGAGGGUGUGAGUUCCGUGCUCCUGGGAUCAUCCACUCCUGAACAACUCAUUGAAAACCUCGGUGCCAUUCAGGUUCUCCCAAAGAUGACAUCACACGUGGUAAAUGAGAUCGAUAACAUAUUGCGCAACAAGCCCUACAGCAAAAAGGACUAUAGAUCAUAAGGCAGUGCAUGAGCCGCAGAAGCUGCAUGGGUAAAGCAGCAGUCUAUACAGGUACAGAACGGUGUUACUAGCCGGUGUUCUGAAUCACUUAGCAGCCCACUGCUCAACCUCUAGUUUCCCCGGAUUCUGAGGUUUCUGCUGUCGCUACCACUGUGCACCUGAAUUAUGAACACAUCUGAAAACUCACAACCAGGAAAAUCCAUUCUAUUUUCUUAUCUGGGACUGCAGUCACCUGUUCUUACAUUGCUCUGUACAUCUCAUGUUUAUGCAAAGGAAAGCAUGUGGCGGGGGAAAGACAUAUUACCUUCAGGCAUUUAGUAACUUAAAGAAGGUUGUACAGAUAUAUUUUUUCAAAUGAACAACAUCCACAGAUGCAAUGUGGAUUGCAUCAGAAAGAGUAGGCUCUGUUCACUCCGAAGUCUUGCUUGAAAAAUCAGCUGAAACAAUUUUACAUUUUUUUUUCUAUUUUCACAUUCAUGUUAGCAAGAGUUGUUUUCACUUGUCAUUCAACAGAAGUGAAAUGCCUAGGUAUUUGCUUUCGUUACCUUUUAAAUAUUUAGUGUUGCUUGGCCUCAAAAAUGGCCCUGUAUAGCAAUUCCUCCAAGGUGGUCUAUUAGGAUUCUAAUGUUAUGUCCAUUUGCAUGGAGAGAUGGUAAAAGGAUGAAGACCCUAGUCUUUAACCAGAGACAGUCUGGUUGACUUAUGAAAGGGAGAAUUACACUACUAUGGAAGCCUAGCUUUGAAUAAAAUGUAUCUGCAAUGAAGUGUUCAUUUUUACCUACAUUUUCCUAAAACCUGCUUUAUACUUUUGACUGCUUGUAGGCACAGCUUCUGCAAGUUUAAAUAUUUGAGCUUUAAAAAUAAAUAUACACAUGCUCAGUUUUGUAAGUAAAUCUGUAAAAUACCCAGAAAAGCAACUGUUUGCUGUUUAAUUAGCACUGGGAUUUUACAUGCUUGGUGUUUUUGAGAAAUUAUUAACAUGAAAGUGAAUCAUGGGCUUUGAGAAAAAUGCUGUCACUUCUCAGCAUAUGCUGGGUGAAGUAACUUGCCCAAAGAAAAGUAAAUGUUAAAGAACUUCCUAAUUCCAUAAUCACACCGUGUGCAUUAAACUAUAUGCAUGAAAGUUCUUUGCAUGGAUUAAUGGGGCCUAGCCUUGUGGCACGCAGAAGCUGAGGUAUAUCCCGCCCUGCCACUACUUGGCUACCUACUCUCAUGAAUAUAUGACUUGAGAAAAACUGGCAGUAUACUGCGUGUACCUGUAAGGAGGGAGAAAACAUUUUCCCCACUUUUAAGGUGUAUGUAGAGGGGGGAGGGUCCUCUAUCUCUAUUUGGACACCUGAGCAUGUACGAAAUUCUAAUUUAAUUUUCUGGCCAACAGGACCCCAUGUAGAAACCACUGAGAGUUACAGAAGAAAUGUACUAUCAGCUUAAAAUGCUAUUUUCUGCCAUCAUUUCCAGAUAUGUAUUUCAUGAUUAAGUUCUCAAACUUAAAAUGUUAGUGUGAAGUACCAACAAAUUUUCUUUUUGAUUACUAUUACCUGUAUUCUAAUAGGGAAACAGUGUGUUUUUUACCCAAGAGUAUCAGAUUAAUGAUGGAAAUGGAUCAUUUUUCAGUUGUUCAUUGUGCAUUCUAUCAAUCCAGUAUGCAUAAAUGAGCUGAAGUUGUCUAAUUGGAACUGCAGUUUAUUUGCUUAGAGUAAUAAAAGCAUUUGUGCAU